AGAUGGAAGGUUUUCAAAUGAUAUGCUUUUGGUGCUUUUAAGGAAUGAAAAUUAAUGCAACAUUGAUUUUCGUGAUAUUUCUUCCAGUCGUAUUGUUGAAGAUUGAGACAUAAUGACUCUUUCUUGAUAAACGAGCCUGCAUUCUUAUCGCUUUAAACUGUUGAAGUACCAAUGCUCAUUGGACGUUUAGGAUUUCUAUGAUUCUCCUUUCAGUUCCGAUAUUCUUGCCAAAAAGGCGUUUGAAGAAGAUCUAAUUGUCUGUCUUAAAUCUUAAUUUCCAAUCUGAACUUUGGAUGAACAGAUAGCUUUGAUUAUGAUGAUGAUGAUGAUGGAACCAGCAAAUUAUGAUGAAAUCUCUAUGCGGCAGAGCAUUCGUUUUUCUGACAGUUUGAAGGACUUGAAGAAUUUGAGAGCACAACUGUACUCAGCUGCAGACUACUUUGAAACAUCAUACAAAAAUGAUAACCAAAAACAGAUAGUAUUAAACGCAGUAAAAGAUUAUGCAACCAAAGCUGUGGUGAGCACGGUUGAUCAUUUAGGUUCCAUGACAUUCAGAGUUAACGAUAUCUUAAACAACAAGAUUGAUGAAUUAUCAGGAACAGAUCUCCGAAUAUCUUGUAUUCAACAGAGAGUUGAGAAUUGCCAGAAGUUCAUUGAUGAUGAGGGACUUUUUCAGCAAUCGUUUCAAAUGUCUGCCCCGAAAUACCAUAAACGCUACAUUCUUCCAGUUGGGGAGAGGAUUGAUGUUGGUAUAAGGUUCAAAUCAAAGUAUGAAGGAUGUAGCUUGGAUGAUGAAGACGAUUGGCAUCAACUAAGGAAUGCUGUUCGAGCUUCAAUUGCUGAAACUCAGCAGCCUUCUUCUGUCAGAAUGGUGCCAUCAUCAUUACCAUUACCAUCACCUUCGAGGUCUAUUCGCCAACCUGGAAUGUUUACUUUCAUGGGGAGUGUUUCAAGUAGAGAGCUCGAAAAAAGGGCUGUUUCACCACAAUACCGGUUUCCACUACUUCGUCAUGGAUCUCUCUCGAGCCGCUCAACAACUCCGAAUUCAAGUAGGCCGACGACUCCAAAUCCAAGUAGACCUAUAACUCCAAAUUCAAGAAAGCCACGGGGUCCAUCUGAGCCGUUAAAAUCUGUGUCGAUGAGGCUCAAUCCUGAAAUGGAUGGUUCGUAUGAACAAAUACCAAGCAAGAGCAAGCGUUUACUCAAAGCUCUGCUUAGCCGUCGCAAAUCAAAGAAGGAUGACACGUUGUAUGCUUAUCUGGACGAGUACUCAUAGGAAUUUUGGAGAGGAAUUUAAUUAUUAUUAUUAUUACUAGUUUAAUUUUUGGAGAGUCUAAUAAAACUUAUGAUUGUUAGUAACCUCUAAUCAAAUUAAAGUGUUAUGUGUGAUUAUUGAAUGUGAGAACUCGGUCUUUUAUAUCAUAUUAUAAUUAUGUUUCA